AUGGGUUUGCAAGGCACUGGCUUUCUCCUACAGUGUUACCUGAUGCUGGCUGCAGCCAUGUUUUUUCAUCUUGGAGAGCAGGAGGAGAAAUGCAUCAUUGAGGAGAUUCCUGAAGACACACUAGUGACCGGGUUUUUUCUUUUGGAGCCUUGGGAUGUGAAGGCGUUAUCAAAAUUACCUCAACUUGGCCUCACUGUAACAGUAAAAGAUUCAAACAGUGAGAUUGUGUUGUCCAAGCGCUAUGGGAAAUUUGGUAAAUUCACCUUCACAGCUCACACCUCUGGUCAGCAUCUUCUUUGCUUUAAAACAAACUCGACAAGUUUUUCUGUCUUUGCCCGUGAACGUCUGAAGCUACAUUUGGAUGUACAAAUGGGAGAGUUCACAGUUGGCCACAAUACUGACAGGACCAAGGACAGCAUGGAGGCCCUGGAGAACAGUCUUAGUCACCUGACGGAGCAGAUGAUUCACAUUACCAGGCAGCAGGAGUUCCAGAGGGAGAAGGAGGAGGUAUUUCGUCAGAUCAGUGAGAACACCAACAGCAAAGUGUUGUGGUGGGCUGCAGUGCAGACCUCCAUUCUGCUGGUGGUUGGUUUCUGGCAGAUGAAAAGACUCAAAGACUUCUUCAUCGAGAAGAAACUGGUCUGA